AUGACUGCGGUUAACUUGGAGCUCGCAAGCGAAUUACAAGAAACAGUUAUUGUAGAUAAAGAUGAGGAUCCUGAGGAAAUUAAUGAUAUUGACUCAGACGAACAGUUUACAGCCAUAAACGAGAAUCCAAGUGACCCAGAUGGUCUUGUCGAUGACAUGGAUGAGGACGACUUACUCUUGGACGAGUCUUUAUCACCACUGGAGAAAAUUUUCUUAUUUGCAAAAAGUGAUUUAAUUUUUCACAGAGUGUUUAUUGCGAAGGAAUUACCAACGCUAAUACGAGACAUUGAGAUAAGCGAAGCAGUAGAGUACGUAGUACCGUUAAUGAAUUCUCUCGAGGAGUUGGUUAAGGAAGCUUUCGCUCCAGAAUUAGAUAAGAUUAUAUGGUUUUAUUAUUCUCACUGCCCACUACGGGAAUUAUCACCAGAGAACGGAUUACCUGAAACAUCCUCAAUCCCACUACGACCACAAACGCCUCUCGGCAGACCUCAGACACCCUUGGGCAGACCUCAGACGCCUCUCGGCAGACCGCUGACACCUCUUGACAGGCCUCAAACACCUCAGACCCCCAACGAAUCCUCUAACCAACUUUCUCUGCCAUACCUUUCAGUGUCCGCAUUCACGCCUCUCCUCCAGGCAUUACUUCUCGACCAGAAUAGCAAUGUAUCUGCUGCUGCGCAGUCUGUCGUGUAUUCACUUGUAGAGAAAAUACUUGCCGGACCAGACAUAAAUCCCAAGGAGAAAGAAUUAUUGACGAAAGAGACGUUAGAAGAAGUGGUAUUGGGAAUCGGGAGAUUGGAUCAAGAGAAGAGUAAGAGAGACGAUGAGGGUGACUUGGAUAAAGGAGAUGACAACAGUUUCGGGGGGAUGAAUGGCGGUGAAGAGGAAGUCGAGUUGGGGAGGAUGAUCAUGAUGACGCUAAUUGCUUCUUUGGCGAGUCUUGUUGGUCCUGAGUUAUGCGUUCGGUUAUUCGUGCCGGAAAUGGAUCGGAUGAUUGAGGAACCAGAAUUUUAUGUUCGAAGGGAAGCAGCCUUAGCGAUAGGAGGCUUGGCAAGCGUUGUCCCAUUAGAUGCAAUAAUUGACAAACUGGCCGAGAGAGCAGUAAGAGGAAUCGACCUUUUUGCGAGAGAUGUCAGCAAGAGCGUGAAGUCGACAGCCGGAGAGAUUAUUGGAGAGUUGAUUACGACGUUCCAAACGAGUGGAAAGGUUCCGGAGAGUUUAGUUCAGCAUUUCCUGAGCUUAGGCCCCGGAAGAGAUGCGAGUGGUGGUAGUGGAAACGCGGCGUACGGUGGUUUGGGGGCAAGAGACCCAGAGAAACCUGCACGAUGUGCCUAUAAUUUUCCUGCAAUUGUAUUGACUCUGGGUCCAAGUCGUUGGGAUGAUCUUAAAGAGACUUAUUCAUCUCUAACAAGGGAUGUGCAGGUAAAAGUCCGUCGCUCAUUAGCUUGCUCGCUGCAUGAAAUAGCCCGAGUAAUCGGACCCGAGAAAACUCAACAAGAUUUAAUGAGAGUUUUCGCAGAAUACACACACGACAUAGAUGAAGUGAAAUCUGGUGUCCUCAAAAACAUGGUUGCAUUUAUUGAGUGCUUACCGGAAAGUUCUAGGAAUGAAUAUCUUCCAGAAAUUAUUCGUGUAUGGAAUGGCGUUGAGCAUCAGUGGCGGCUCAGAGAUGAAAUCGCAAAGCAAUUGCCUGCCUUAUGUGAAUUAUACGAUGCGCAACAUGUAGUUAAUCAUAUACUACCGCUGACCAUAAGGGCUAUUCAAGACAAAGUCGCAAGUGUACGAGAGACUGCAGUGGCCACGUUCUCUACUUUGUUUCGUAUAGCAAAACAUGAUGACGCUUGUUAUAACCAAGUAAGAGAACGCGUAAAACAGUUUGCAACGGAAUACAGAUUUCGUGAACGAGUAUCAUACGUUCAGAUAUGCUCGGCUUUGAUGUCAAACGGUUUCCCCAAUUCUGAAUUCGAGACACAUUUUCUGCCCAUUCUAGAAACACUUGUGUCUGAUCAAGUAGUGAAUGUUAGAAUAGCAGUGGCGAGGCUUGUGUCCGAUCUCUGUCAAACAGGCAAGCCAUUUAGUUUAACUUGGCAAGCCUAUGGAAAUAUCCAGAUCAUCAAUUCAUCCAAUCCAAUUCUACCUUUGAUACAAACUUUAUCCCGAGACACUGACGUGAACGUCCGCUUAUUUGUAUUUCCGUUCCUCUCACCCGAAGAACGCGAGUCUAUUCUCUCGUAUCUCCAGCCUCAGAGUUUUGGGUCUUAUUUGUAUGUAGAGAGUUCAAGAGCUAAUCGACAAGUAGAUACAGAUAUGGAUGUUGAUAACGGUGAUGAAGAGGAAGAUGGAAGGACCGGCGAUGAAGAAGAGGAUGAUUUUGGAGGUUUUGAGGAUGUAAGGAACGAAUUGGAAGAGGUGGAUGUGAGAGAUGGAGUAGAUGUUAGAGAUGAAAUAGUUGAGGUGGCUGUGAGGGAUGAAAUAGUUGAGGUGGAUGUGAGGAAUGAAAAAGACGGGGUAGAUGUGAGGGAUGAGAGAGAUAGGGUAGUUGUGAGAGAUGAAAGAGAUGAAAGAAAAGAGGUGGAUGUGAGAGAUAAGAUAGGAGAUGUGGAAGUGAGAGAGGAAAGAGACGUGGUAAAUGUUAUAAUGGCAUCUUCGAAUAAACUGCAAAGCAUUCGCUCUGCAGACUGCUAA